GCUGCGUCGGGCCGAGGGAUGGAGAAGGAAAAGGAGCAGGGGUUCCCGUCGCUGUCAUCCCCGGGGGGGAUCGAGCUGCUCCCGGCUCUGUCACGGCCUUGGGGACGUCCCCUCUUUACGGGAAAGGGAGAAGGAAGGGCAAAGCCGGUGACUCACCGCUCCCUGCCCAUAAAGCGGCGCCGUCCCGAGCGCUGCCGCACGAUGGCUCCGUGCUCCCACCCCGACGUGCCCUCCGGUCGCCUGGUGCUGCCCCUGCUGUGCUGCGCCUUCGCCUCCUGCAGCGCAGCAGCCAUGGUCCUGCAGUCCCCCCGCAUCACCCGGCUGAAGACCCCGGCGCAGCCCCCCCAGAUGGGCAGCAAAGUGAGCGUCUCCUGCGAGGCUGAGAGCGCUCACCCGGACCUGACGCUGCUCUACUGGUUGGGAAACGGUUCGUUCGUGGAGCAGCUGCAGCCCAACGUGCGCGAAGGGGCGGUGCGUGAGGAAGAACGUGGUUCGCUGGUGACCCUCCGUCGGGAUCUGCAUUUCAACUCUUUCAGCUUCCAGGAUCUGAGGACCAACUUCACCUGCGUGCUGCUCAGCCCCUUCGGUGUGGAUGUGAGGGAGCUGAAAUGGGCCACCCCCAGCAACGAGGGUGGGGAAACGGGCUGAGACCGAGCAGAACUCGUGAUGAGUGUGAGCCCAGCAGUGUGGGGCGAGGGCUGCCCCAUUGGAUGCUGUGUAUGGGGCUCCCGGUGGGGCAGGAAGGCUUCAUUAGAGUGACUGCCUGGUGAGCUGCUUGUGCAGGGCUGGGAGGUGCAGUAAAUAAAAGCAAUAAAAGCAAUGCUUUUAUUAAUUUGGAAGAGCUGUGGGGAGUUCUCUGCUGUUGUUCCACAUCCGACUGCAGCAUUGAGAGCGUCAGCAGUGAGAAAGCAGAGUCUGCAGUUUCCAUGAGAUGCGUUGGCACUUUGCUGCCCUCCUGUGCGUAUGGAGGGGAGCAGUGGGAUGGUGUGGAGGCCAGGGCUCUCCUAU